UUUUCGGUUACAGCGGUUUAUGUCAAAUGAAAUGCGCUUUAAGAGGACCGCUGUUCCGUUUUGGACUCUAAAACAAAUUCUUAUAAGGCUAUUGUCUAGUGCAAAAAACGGAGGUGGUAAGAAAGAAGCAUGUGCAAAAGUGGCGAAAUUCGAAUCAUGCCAGUUGGAUCCUUGUACGUUGGAUCCAUGCAAACCGGAACCGAGUGUAAUUAUUAUUGGGGCAGGAAUGGCGGGGUUAUCAGCAGCGCAUCGUUUAGCGCAAUGCGGUCUGCAAAAAUUUACGAUACUGGAGGCAACAGAUAGGCCCGGCGGUAGAAUUCAUUCUUGCUGGUUGGGAGAUGUCGUUGCUGAAAUGGGAGCAACCUGGAUAGAAGGUGGAAGCGUGACAAAUCCUGUUUUUACUCUAGCGGCACAGGAAGGACUUUUAAAGGCACCCCUCUCUAGACCCGAACCAAAUCAUGGACUCUUUUGUACCAGCGAUGGUCGAGCGAUCGAUCUACCGGUCAGCAUCAUUGCUUAUCAUACCUUCCGACAGAUCGAACAACAAGCAGCGGCUCUCUUCUCUUUGGGUUGCGGUCGUACCCACGGUACGUUGCUGAAUUUCAUGGGCGUCAGAAUACAGCAAGAGCUACACAAUUUCCCGGAGGAGCAACGAUAUGACGCGGCUAGGGUAAUGUACGGUCUAACCAACUUCAUUAGAUGCCGUUGCGGUGACGAUCUUUCUCUGGUCUCAGCCGAUCAGUUUGGUAGUUACAUAGAGAUACCCGGUGGAAAUGUAAGAGUGCCUCUUGGAUAUGUCGGUGUUUUAGCACCAUUGCUUAGAGAUUUGCCAAGCUGUUGCCUCAAAUACUGUAAACCAGUGAGUUCCAUCAGGUGGGGUGUCAUCGAUGAUUCCUGUCCUCGUGCUAUGGUAAAAUGUUGCGACGGAGAUGAAUAUCCAGCCGAUUAUGUCAUCGUAACUCUAUCUCUUGGUGUACUGAAACAUCAACACGACAAACUUUUUUGUCCUGCUUUGCCACCUGAGAAAAUUGAUGCGAUAACGAAACUAGGGUAUGGAUACGUUAACAAGAUAUUUCUCGAGUAUGCUAGACCUUUUUGGGUUUGGCGAGAAGGAGGGAUCAAGUUGGCAUGGUCUGCCGACGAAUUAGCGGAUAGAUGCGACUGGGUUAAAGGUAUAUCUUUCAUCGAAGAACUCCCAAGUUCGCAACAUGUAUUAUGUGCUUGGAUAUGUGGCCGUGAAGCCGCAGAAAUGGAACUAUGUUCCGAUGAAGAAAUAGUCGAUUCUAUAACGCGUUUGCUCCGGCAAUUCACCGGUGAUCCAACCUUACCAUAUCCAGCUAAUAUUCUCAGAAGCAAGUGGUGCUCCGACCAAUAUUUUGCUGGUUCAUAUAGUUACAUGGCUAUGAAUAGCACCGUUAACAAUCAGUGUCAUCUAGCCACUCCUAUUCCAGGUACGUGCGAACCGGUUCCACCGAUUCUUUUCUUCGCUGGAGAAGCAACGAUCCCGGGACAUUAUAGUACCGUGCAUGGUGCCAGACUUAGCGGAAUACGUGAGGCGGAACGAAUAAUUCAAUUGACAAAAAGAUAUGGUGGUCCUCCUCAAAACUCUCCGUGCAAAUUGUGAAUGCAUUUGUUCUUUUUUUGUUUUUUUUUUUUUUUAUAUCCAAUAUUAUUAAAUCAGUAUAUUUGUAUGCUUGUAUAUUUAUAUACUAGUAAAUUUUAUUUUAAGGAUUUUUACGAAAUGGAACGACACGGAUCAAUCAAUCACAUUAUUAAAUCCAGAUAACAUAAACAGCAUAUAUUUCAAUAAUUAUUUGAUAACAAUGAUAAAACAGAUAAUAGUAUUAGUAUAAUAGUAAUAUGGAUACGAACGAUGAAGCACAUUCUGCACGUUUCAAUUUUUAUUAUAUUCCAGUGGUCCCCAUCAACGAACAUAAUCUAAAUCAUUACCAUGAGUGGCAAUAUUUCGAAUAUGCUAUAUGAAUAAGUUUUCGUUAUUAAACGACAAUUACGAGCUUGAUAACCUUUAAUAAAACUUAAUGUACAAGCUCUCAUAAGGAAUAAUCUAGCUACUUGUUGAGCCGUUCUACGAGCUCUAACUUAUUUCUACGUCUAUCGUUGUUUUAAUCUCGGUGCUACAUUUUAACGAGUGUUGAAUUUGCAUCAUUCCGAGCUAUAUUAUAUUUUUAAAGGAUGUCUAAUA